AUGGCCGCGUGUAUAUUCUGCCGUAUCAUCAAGGGCGAGAUCCCGGCUCUGAAGCUCUUCGAGAGCGAAAAGACACUCGCUUUCCUCGACAUCGGGCCUCUCAGCAAGGGCCAUGCUCUUGUCAUCCCCAAGUAUCACGGCGCAAAGCUCGCUGAUAUCCCGGACGAUCAGCUGUCCGAGAUUCUGCCUACUAUCAAGAAGCUCGUGACAGCCACUGGAGCCACCGACUACAACGUCCUGCAGAAUAACGGAACCAUUGCCCACCAGCAGGUGCAUCAUGUUCACUUCCACAUGAUCCCGAAGCCGAAUGAGACCGAGGGUCUGGGCAUCUCCUGGCCUGCCACCAGUGGAGACAUGGAGCAGCUCAAACAGCUGUGUGAGGACAUCAAGUCCAAGAUGUAG